AGAAGCCUGAGCUGUCCCAGAUGAUUUUAGUGAUAAACUCCUGACAGGUAUUUAUGAGUUUCUCAGGUUGGCAUGUGAUCCUUGAAUAAUGAGGACAAAAGCUGAUGUGCCUGUGUGUGCAGAGUGCCUGAAGAUCUACUUGAUUGUGAUGGCAUGGAGGAAAUCUGAGCCAAUAGCAGCUUCACUGCUAAUCCUUUGCCUGCACUUGGACACAGCUGACCUUUAGGGAUGCAAAAAGCUGCUUCAAAGCAAAGUUCUUUCUGGUGUUUUAUAUGAAAUGCACAAGAAAAAUUUAAUCUCAUCUUAGAGUUCUUAUUCUGCAGGGGCCCUGGUGAUCUGUUGUUGAAAGAGCUCUCUGGGCUUACAGCCCUGCAAUGCAGAGAGGAUCACUGCUAGUUACAGGCAGCCCAGGUGAAAUUCUGCUUGAGUGAAGCAGACCAGCUCUUCCAGUUAUAAAAGGGAGGGCUAUAACUCUGUUUUUAAUGUGGCUUGGGGGUUUUGAAUCAAAAACUGUGAAUCUGGUUUUUAUUUAUUUUUUUAAUGGGUACACAAAAAUGGCUGCUUUUUACCUGUUGGUGUGAGUGCGACAGCCAGAGAACGACUGUGCCCGAGCUGUGCAGGUGGAUGUUGUGGGGAGGGUGGCUGGAGGGUUGGCCUGGGCUCUGCCUCUCCAGCUGCCAGUGUGGGCUGCAGCAUCCCCCGUCUGCCUAGGGUGGGAUGUUUAACUUAAAGGCACUAUGAUGGGGUCUGUCCUUUCACAGUGCUUUUGAGUGAAAUUUUCUCUUUAUGUCCCUUGCCAUGUGAAACGUGGCUAAAUUACCUGAGAGUUUUGGGGUCUGAGAAGUGAAGGAGGUUUUCUGUUGCACUUUUCUUUUUUCUUAAUCAGAAAGGAUCAACAUUCUGUUAAAACUAAGGCACAAAGAAACCUGUGCUUUUAAGUCCUGCCAUUGCUGUUGGAGCCCACGGCUAAAAUCCCUGUAUUUAAUUCCAAAUGACUGUCUUCCUGUUUUGCUGUUCACAAAUGGCACCUGGUGCCAGGGUCUCCCAGAGGUAGCGGGUGCUAGGGGGAUGUGAGGGCUCUGGCAGAGAGGUUCAGUAGUGUGUGUUGUAGUGGAGCUGGGGUCCGCCUGCUCCUUAGCCUCUUGGAUCCUGCAGCUGCUACUCUCCUGGACAGCAAAGCUCAGAAACCAUCUUCUUCCUUUGUCGUGGGUUCUCCCAGCAGAUGGUCGUUAAGGUGAUAUCCUCCGUCCUCUCCUGGGUGUCAGAGGGGAGUCACUGUGCUGGGAAUCCACCCGGACCUCCCAGGGGUGCUGCAGCACCUUGGGGUGACCGUUGGUGUGCCGGGAGCACCGAGCCCCGGCCUGUGUGCUGCCUGUAGUCAGCUGGGAUGUCACCCCCAGGGCCAGGCCAGAGUGUGAAUCCUGCAAAGAGGGACCCCCGAGCUGUGGCAGCUGGUCAGGGCCCUGGGGCUGCCCAGGGCUAGUAGGCACGCAAAGGGCAAGGCAGUGCUGCUACCCCCAGUCCUCCUGUGGUUUCCUGAGGGCCUGUGAGCCCUCUAGCUGCAUUCCAGGCCAGCGGCAUUCUAGCCCUGUGUGGUGGGCUCUGACGAGGGAAAAGACUUGUGCAAGGAUGAUUUCUGUGAUGCAGGGGCAGCCUAUGGGGCCAGGAGAGCCUGGGUGAGCUGGCGUGGACAUGGGCAGUGGUACACCAGCUGGCAUCAAGGCACAGCGUCCUUUGGCCCCUCUUUGCCAUCCAGAGGCAGUUGGUGAGGCGUGCGGGUGCUGGGUGGGAAGAGGAGCUCGCAGUGAGUGUCCCCCAUGGGGGAAGUCUGUGGGCGCAGUGCUGUUGUGACUGACAGUGUGCUGGUCACCCACAGGGAGCACCGCUGAAGGGAAGCUGCAGCCGGGUGACCAGCUCCUCCUCAUAAACUCCACUGUGGUGGAAGACGUGUCCGUCGAACGAGCAGCUGACAUCAUCAGGGAGGCUGGUGACGAGCUCCUCCUAACCGUCCUGCGCUGCACGUCGGUCACUUUAAGGACACUUCCAAAUACAGCCAAGGCUGAUCUGGGGUUUGGGGUUGGCUCUUGCCGCGCUCUGAAGGCAGCUGUGCUUAGAGCUGAGAGGGGGGGCCCAAGUCAUCGUUUCUUACUGCAGAGAAGAGGGCAAGGCUAAAAACAAACCCGGUGAAGGUACGGUUCGCAGAGGAAGUGCUGGUGAAUGGACACACACAGGGGAAUUCUCUUCUUUGUAUGCCCAACGUUCUCAAGGUAUACUUGGAAAAUGGACAGACGAAGGCUUUCAGGUUUGAGACCAGCACUACUGUGAAGGACAUUGUUCUCACUUUGAAGGAGAAGCUCUCCCUCCGGAGCAUCGCGCACUUUGCCCUGGCUCUGGAGGAGCAGUACAAUGUGGCAAGGAUCCACCUGCUGCACGAGGAGGAGCUCAUCGAGCAGGUGGUCCAGAAAAGAGAAUCUCAUGACUACCGGUGCCUCUUCAGAGUGUCCUUUGUCCCAAAGGAUCCCUUAGACCUCCUACAGGAAGACCCAGUUGCCUUCGAAUAUCUCUACCUGCAGAGCUGCAGCGAUGUGCUUCAGGAAAGAUUUGCUGUGGAAAUGAAAUGCAGUGUGGCGUUACGUCUGGCUGCUCUGCACAUACAGGAAAGGAUCUAUACUUGUGCUCAGCCACAGAAAGUAUCCUUGAAAUACAUUGAGAGGGACUGGGGAAUCGAAAACUUCAUCUCGCCAACUUUGCUUCGAAACAUGAGAGGGAAGGACAUCAAGAAGGCCAUCAGCUACCACAUGAAGCGGAACCAGGUGCUGCUGGACCCUCGGCAGAAGUAUUUCUCCUCUUGCAAACUGAAGCACAUGCUCGCUGCAGUCCAAGUGCGCCUGAGCUACCUACAAAUACUGGGAGACCUGAAGAUGUACAAUGGGAGGAUCUUUAAUGCCACCCUCAUGCUACAGGACAGAGAAUCAUAUGUUGCCUUGCUGGUGGGUGCCAAGUACGGUGUGAGCCAGAUUAUCAAUAAUAAGCUCAACAUCAUAUCAAGUCUGGCAGAGUUUGCAAACAUCAGCAGAGUGGAGCUUACAGAGGAGUCUGAAAAAGUGAGCAUGGUGAAAAUCUACCUGCAGGAUCUGAAGCUGCUGACUCUGCUGCUGGAAUCAAACAGUGCAAAGGAUCUUGUCUGCCUCAUCACAGGCUAUUACAGACUGUUUGUGGAUGCAAAUGUCUCCAUAUUUACCUGGGGAGAGAAAAAACAGCAACUGCACCGUGUCUCAGCUGAAGAAGGGUAUGAAUCUCGAACUGGGAGUGACUCUGAAGACUCCUGGCAGCUGAAUUCCUCCUCGGAGCAUUGCCUGGACACUCCUGCUGUGUAUGGCAGCGCCCAUCCUGUGUGCAACGAGGAGAAGCUGGGAGAGCCCCGCAGCCUGGAGGAGGACAUCACAAAGCCCCGGGCUGGAGGGAGUGACCAGUGUGAUGGGGGUGACAACGCAACAGACAGCACAUCCGAGACUUCAGAUUCAGCCAACACUGAGAGCCGAGGGUUUAAGACAAGUGGCUCCAGUGACUCUAUGGAUGCACUGGAGGAAGAUGAGUUGGAAGCCUGCUCUUCCUGCAAGCCAGAAUUCUUCCACUUCUACACACCAACAGUCCAGCAGAUGAGCAGCGCAGACAAGAGCUUCUUCCCCAUUCGUGGUGCAGGAGGCUCCAGCAACACAGAAACCAGAGACUACUUCUGCUUCUUGCAGGUGCCACAUGCAGAGGGGCCAGGGUAUGAAGACAGCCCCUCUGAGCAGAGAGGGGAGGAUGUUAGUGCUUCUGUGCUGGAGACCAAGCUGUCUGAGAGGAACACCAAGGGCUACUACAACCUGUGCUACAGCAUAUCCCCUGCAGACAGUGUGGAGAGGACCAACAUCAGUCGCAGCCCUCGGGGAAGUCUCUGGAAAGAUGGGUCUGCCCGGGAAGAGGCACUGUGUGGAGCAGAGCAGGUGACAGAGGCGAACAACCUCAUUUUGGAGCCACCCUCAGGGUUUGGUGACACCAGCUCUGAGGAGGAGUUCUAUGAUGCUGCAGACAGGCUCAGCCCUCCAGAUGCCCUGGCAGCAGGCUACAGUAUGACGCGGGAGGGUACAGACAACUCCUCCUGCCUCCUAAAGAAACCAAGGUGUUACAGCUUGGGGGAAAACCUGAUGACAAGGCAGAUAGCAAGGGAGAAACAUGGAAAGGAGAAGGAGCUGACAUACGCCAAGAACCUGAGAAAGAGGAGAUCUUUCCUGAAAACUGAUUACACCUCGCAGGUCACUUUCCCCUUGGCUUUGCCAGACUCUCUGCAGAGCUACUACUCUUGGCCACCUCCCCCAUCGCUGCUGGCUCAGCCACCCACACCACCCUCCUCAGAGGAGAUCGAGAAGGAUGCAGAGCUGGAAAUUCCUGUUGCCACCCAGGCCCAGAGGGACACUGCCAGCACAGACCCAUCCUCUCACCUGAUGGAAAUGGAGCCUGACACCAUGGAAACAAAAUCGGUGACUGACUUGGUGGUUUAUUCCAUUUCAGCUGUUCGCCUGCCGGGUGACCAGCACAGGGAGGAGAGUGCAGGCGUUCCUGUGCAUGUGGAUGGUGGCCUACAGCCUGCACAUGCCACGCAUCCACCUUUCCUGUCCCUGGAGGAAGCUAAGCCCCUUGCUGGGUGGCAAAGCGGAGCUUCCCAGGAAAGUUCUGCAAAGACAAACGCUGUGUUGCCGAGUGAGGAGAGCUGCGUGGCCACCAGGGGCUGGUGGGCCCGCCUGGCGCUGGGGGAGGCGAGUGAGGCAAUGGCAGCCCCGCAGACGGCACUCGGUGCACCCCCAGUCCCGAACCAGGCGGUGACCUGCCCUCCUGAUGAACACACACUGCUCCCCUCGGUUCGUGGGCCUGGUGUGGCCUCUCCCCAGCACCGGGAGCUGCUCCCCGCAGCCACGAGGCAGGCAGUGUGCGAGGAGCCUGCCCUGGCUCCCGGUGAAGAAGGAAGAGCUAAUGGUGGCAGCUGUGCUGAAAACAGCAGCGACGGUGCCUGGUCACAGGCCAAAAGCAGACAAGUGAUGACCAAGGGGGCCUUAUGGAAAGUGCACAGAAAAAAUUACGUGGGUUUUCCAGAUGCAACCCAGCUCUUACCAGACUGCAGCAGCACUUCAGGGGUUAUAACUCGCCUCUCCUGGCUCUCAUUUGGGGUGAGGACAGAUCUCACAUCACCCAGCCCAUCUCAGGAAAGGGUGGAUACCCCACUAGAGCUUUUGGCCACUCAGAAGACCAGCGGGUGCCUGGGGGCUGAUGCUGUCAGGAGGGAGAUGCAGACAUCCCCAAAUAGACCACCCUUCAAGAAAGAGUUGGUAAUCAGCCAGGGGCUGGCUGAAGGAGAGCCUGGAAAAGACACAGGAAAUAUGGCUCACAAAAAGCUGCAGCCUCUUCAGGCUCCUCUUCCCAGAGAACAGGCUACUGAGGUGGGGAAGGACUCUCCUCUGACUCCAUCUCUAGAGCUUUCCACCUCCUCGGGCCCAAUUCCCUUGGGCUGGUUGCAGAAAAGAGCAGGAGAACAUGGGGCUUCAAAACACUUCUUCCUCUGCUUUAACCACAAGAAGGAUGAGCAGACACCUUCUGACCCCACUGUGACCAGAUCUUUGGGUUUUUCCACAGUGAAGAUGACAUCUCCGCCACAGUUUGGGAUGGACAAGUGCAGCUGCCGGCUGUCCUAUAUCAGCUGCUUCCACAGGCCUGAUGACAAGGGGGAACAUGAACCCCCUGUCCCUGUGUGCAGCACAUUCCUGGGGCCCCUCACCACCCCACCAUCCAGCAGCUGCAACCUUCCCAGGACUCCUGUGAGCACUUACCCACUCUCCAUUGCUGGGGGCGCGGCAUGGUGGGACCCUCACAUCCAAGCCCUCAGCCAGCUGAAGGACCAAGCACGGAUGAGCCCUGCAGAUUUCUCCUGCUUCCUUGCCUACACCACAGAGCUUCAGGAGGUUGUGGGGAAGCUCUCCGGGAACCAAGCAACACACCUGCAGGAUCAAUGUGCAGAGCAGGGUGCUGAGAGCAAGGGUGCCCUUGGCUUAGCCUCCCAGGACCUGCUGUCCAGUUGCCAGGAGCUCCUGAAAACCGAGCAGCCCCUUGUAGAGCUGCAGGGUGUGCUGAGGGUGACAUUUGACCACCUGGUUCAGCUGGCAGUGGCCUGCUUCCAGGUGACGCACUGCCGGAUGUGCAGGCAGAGGCAGCAGGAGCUUGGGGCUGCCCUUCUGGAUGUGGUGGGCACCUACCACCAGCUUGUGCAGGCUGUUCACCAGCAGCUUCACAGGCAAGACUGCCCGGAUCUGGGCGCCAAGCUCCUUGCCCGCCAGCACACAGCCCUUACAGCUGCCAUGUUUUGUCUCCUGCAGCAGUUCAGGGUGCCCCCAUUGUUGUGACAGGGCUCUUUGGUGGCACAUGAGUGCACUGAGUGGGGAAGGGCCCAGCCGUGUUCUCUGUGUCCACUGCCAGCUCCCCCCACGGGACACGCACCCCUGCAGCUUGGGGAUGGCCACAGAAGGACGUGUCCGUGUGCAUUGCCUCAGCUGCACCAAGAGCCGCCGUGUCUGCAGGCGGUGGUGGGGCAGGGUGUGCUGCCCUCAGCUGAGCUGUGUGCACAACCUGUAUGUAAUAUGCAACCUCUAGAGAGCUUCAGUGGCUUCUGCAUCUCACCUGGGGCUUGUCCCUUGCCUCCCAAGGGCCUUGCAGGUGGCCAAUCCCCAGGUGUUGCUUUGCCUACUUUCCGUCGCCUGUGAAGGAUGGGAGCCUUUUGGCCUGCUCUUCUUCCUGCUCCUUACUUUUGGGCUGACUCUGGUAGUGGUGUCAAAUCCCACCCUGGCCUGACCUGAAGGAACCAAGGCAGCUUUGCCCACCUUCCAUAGCCAAGGGUGUGUCUGGGCUCAUAAGGGAAAUCUCUUUGGGAACAAAGCUGUGCUCUGUUAACUGCUUCUCCUUGUGAGGGCAGAAGAGGGUUGUUCCAGGCGAGGGGGGCAACACAAUGCCCUGCUCUUUUGACAGGGUUCCUGUGUGUCAGCCAGCUCUUCAGUUUCCUUCUGCUGAUGCUUGGGCACAUUCCCAGUUAACCCCCCACGCUACUUAAGGAUCUGUGACUUCCCAAAGGAAUGGGCAAGCCCCGAGGCUGAAAUGCUGCCUUCGAAGUGGAGAUGGCCCGUUAUGAGGAGAGGGAGAGCCCUUCUGCCCCACCUCGCCAGUGGCUCUUCUCUGCCCUGUGCAGAAAUCCUUCGCCAGGGCAAGCUGCUCGCCCUUGGGCGGCCAAGCCGUGUAUCCCUGUCAUGGGCAUUCUGGUGCUGGAGGCCUGACCUCGAGGGGAGGAGGAGGAGGGCAGAGGCAGGCCCCCCACUGCUGGUGUUUAGCCUAGGGGUGUGUCUGGGGGCAGCUGGCUUUCUGUGAGGGGUCCCUGCAGCAGGUGAGCUGCACAACGGGCUGUGGCUGCAGCAGGUCGGUUGCUGCAGCUGAGCGUGUGCAGGGUGGGGGGUCUGCCCUGGGCAGCAGAGGGGCAUGGGGGUGCUGGGGGAUGGGGCCAGCUCUGCCCUCACACACCCCAUCUCCUAGGGCAGUGGAGGGACAGGGUGGCCCUGUAACAUCUGUGGGAAGCCACCUCCACUUUCUGCUCAUUCUUCAGCGUGUCCAGAGAGAGCCAAGGGCAGGUCCUUGCAGCUGACCCCGUGUGCACGGCCGCACCCCUGGGAAACCUCCCUGAGCAGACAGACCCCAACAGCCAGGAGACACCCACAAGAACCAGGCACCAUCACCACCCCACGCAGAGCCCCUGCAGCUCGCUGCACCUGUGGGCACAGGCUGUCCCCUGUCCGUGAGGCAGGGCUGGGAUGGCUGCCAGCGGUUUGGGCGCAGCGAGGAACUUAAGAUUCCCCGAGGCCCUUGCGUAGCUGCUGGCUCCACACCAGCGACAGAUGAGCAGGGGGACGUGAGAGGCACAAGCUGGAAGGGUGCAGGGGAUGGAGCCCAACAGGCACCAGCAAACCCUAAUUCAGCAGGGGCGGCGACCAGCCCCACUGACACCAAAUGCCAGGAGGUGUAAAAGGCUCUUCCUGUGCACACGUAAGCCCACAAGAGUAAUUUACCUCAGGAGACCUUAAAAUCCUUCCAUUGGUGGUCAGCCAUAGGCAUGCACUGCAAGGUUUGGUUUUUUGUUUGGGUUUUUUUAGCAGCUGGCUGAGGUGACAUACUGCAUUACAUUUAUCAAAAAUGCUUUUUGCUGUGGCAAAUCCCUGCUGUUAGUGCAGGGCACAGUCAAACCGCAGACACCCUUCCAGGAGGCACAUCAGGGUCAGCAAACUGCUUGUCAGCGUGUGAUGAUAUACCGUGCACCAGUAACUGCAAGGAUGCAAUGCCAGUUUAAGAAUAAGCAUUUUAUUUAUCAAUUAGAUGCACAAGAUUAGCUAUAGGCUUCAGCAACUCACCAAAUUCAGUGCAACUGGUUUAAACUUGUUUGGACAUGGUGCACCUGGGAACUCUUCCUCCACUGGGGAAUUGCUUCUCAUCUUGUGUUCCCCAACUGGAACAGCACUGUCCUUUUCCAUGGGAAGAAAUUUUCUUCGCCAGUGAGUUUUGCAAUUCUAACUUCACCUUCCUUACUGUUUAACCAAGAUGAAAGAAAUACCUUAAAGCUCUCUUCCCUGUCCCAGAACAAGAGUAGAUGCGAGAGUCAGAAAUGCUAACAAGCAUCUGCAAAGAAGCCAAACUGAACUCCUGUCAGUUUUCACUCGAUCCCAGGGCUCCAUCAUCUCUGUUUUCUGUUCAAAGAGAAAAGUAGUCUCCAGCGUUGUACCGCUGAGGUAGAACGUGUCACUCUCAACAAGGUCCUUACAUAAGAUUUAAGCAGAGCUGUUUUCUCUAUGCACACUCAUACCAGUGCCUCUGCUUGAAAUUUGGAGUUUGCCUCUCUUCUUUGCAGAGCUUCUUAACAUCACAAAAUAAACAAUUUUCUUGCACAUUCUCA